UACCGCCAUCUCCCCGUAUUGUAACUCCUAAUAACACGGCAUCUCUCUACCCCUCUCCCCUUCCAACAUGGCUCUUCUACUGAGCCACGGCGCCGACCUCGCGCUCCGGCACCUCAGCGAUCUCUGGCCGCUUCUGCAGUCCAUACAUACCUCGUCCAGUGCGGCCGUUGCGCUUACCCUGUCCCUCUCCGCCCUUCUCUACACCCGCCGCAAGCACUCAGGACAGGCUCUGACCCGCUACCUCGUCCGCACGGCCCUAGCGGUCAACACAGUACUCCUACUGCACACCAUCAUCUUCAGCCCACCCCCAAACAUGUACCGCGCUCUCGGGGCACCAUUGGGGACGAGGCCGCACCGAUUGUUGUACGCAAUGAAGGAGGCGAUGCGGGAGGGAGUGAUCGGCCUGCCGUACGGCGCGGAUAACCUAUGGGAGCGCUUCCAGGAAGAGGAGAUGAUAGAUGUGUAUAUUCGAUACGGUCAUGACGUGCUGCUGCAGUGCGAGUUCUGCGUGCGGACGAGGGACUUCGUAACGUAUGCGCUGGUGGGCGUGGCGUUGCAGUAUGUGGGGAUGGCGGCCUUGAUUGGGCUCAUUACGAUCGCUGGGACGGACAGCGAGUACUAUCGCCCGUGGGGCAUCAUCUGCCUUGUGACGACCGGCCUGUGGGAGGCAUGGCAGACGUACACAUCCAAUAUCGAGAUGCUCAUGUUUGAGGAUACGACGACCACGGUCCACGAAGAUCUACUGUUCCGCCGCCAGCUAGUCUUCAUAUUCCUCCCCAUCAUCCUCCAUAUGCUGCCCUCCGCGGUCCCCCUCGAAUUGCAAGCCCAGCGAGAUACGCUGCGCGGCCUGAGAGAGCUACAAGAAAAGCUGAAGGCACUCGCGUUGUGCGAUGCGGCGGUGUUGCGCUCGUCGAAGCUGCGCAGACUGCAACAUGCCUUUGGAGAACGUAUCGAGCGUGAUCUGCAAUACUUGCACCACGCGCGGCCAACUUCGCUUAGCACCACGCCAGCUCCGUCCAACCCCCCUUCACCAUCCAUCAGCAGCCCGUCAUCUCUUCAAGACUCACAAACAACAUUGCGUGCAUCGUCGAUUCAGUGGAAUACGCAGCCGACCUCCCCAUCCACACCGCAGGCGACCUAUCCGUACUUUUCACCAGACUCUGCUCGGAUGCGGGUCGCCCAGUCGUACCAGGCAACCUUCCUCGCCACAGUCAAUGCUGCGACUUCAGCGAACCAAGUAUGGUGAAUCCGAGGCAGCAAGGGGACCAGGAUGGACUUCGUACAACUGUAACAAUAUGCUCGGCUCGUAUAUAACCUGUAUCUGUAGACUAUGUGUCCUGCACAUUCCUCGGCAGGUGGCUUUGCGAUCGCAAGCUGCCAGUGUGAAGCCAUCACAUGUCAGAAAUUAAGCGCCCAUGUGCUGGG